CGCUUGAAAAAAGAAUGGAACUCACCUAUUUAUGCGUUCUACCACCCAGUCCCAGACAUUGGUUAUCACGAAGGCCGCCGCUACCAUGAAUUCAAGUGUGCAGCUACGAGCUGCAAGAAAGGGGUGCGCCGUUACCUCGAUAAGAAGGAUGCAAAGUCCACGAGUAACAUGCGAAAGCAUGCAAAGUUGUGCUGGGGAGAAGAGUCCAUUAACAUGGCUGAUGAAGCCAAGAAUGCUAAUGAGGCACGUACCAUAAUCUCCGGGGCGAAAAACGGGUCUAUCGUGGCAUCAUUUGAAUGCAAGGGGAAAGGCAAGGUCAUAUAUUCACACCACCUGCGGCCAUUCACCAUUGUAAAGGAUCGCGGCUUUCAGUCACUAAUGAAAACAGGUCGACCGGAAUAUUACAUACCUUCUCCAUCGACCGUCUCACAUGACGUCCAGUUGGUGUUUGCUCGCACGCGACAGCGGAUUGCUAAGAUGUUGCAAGAAUACGAUGGCCAAUUGAACUUCGCCACCAAUGCGUGGACGUCUCCAAACCACAAGGCAUUCAUAGCCGUGUCCGUGCAUCUAGAGCAUGAAGGAAAACCAUUAGCGAUGAUACUAGAUAUAGUGGAGGUGGCCGAGGCAAGUAAAUACCAUACGUACCCUGAAAAAUCACUAAUGGUCCAGGAUUCAGUCUCACUCCGGCGAGAAUCUUGCAGCAGCGUUUGA